GUUGCCACACAUCAGUCGCCACAAACGGUAUAAGAGAGACAAGAUAUAGAUAUAUUGCUAUAUAGAUACAUGAUGCAUCAGUUAUCGUUAUCGUUGUGGUUAUGUGUGUGCUUUGGCCUGAGCUGCUUAAGUUACUCCCAGGGAUUUGGCCAAUUCCAUAUGAAGCACUAUCAAUUGCAGCGCGGUUACAAUAAUCCCGAUGAUUCCAGUGAGAAUAAUAAUGGCGUGUUGCGCACCUAUCGACGUUGCAUGUGGGAGCAAUCCAAGUUCCUGCCUCGUCGCCUCGUCCUCCUGAGUCUCUGCUCGAAUCUCUUUUGCGAGAAUAAUCAGAUAAUGCCGCGCUCCAGGUCUAUUUUCGUAGUGGAAAAAAUGUCUAGACCCAACGACUGCCUGGACAUUCUGCCCGAGCAGUGCGAGCAGGGGGACGAGGAGGAUCUGAUGUAUAAGCCCUUCCCCGACUGCUGCCCCGUCUACUGCAACCUGAAGCGUCGCAUGCAACGCCUGAGGACAAUGCACCUGAGGCAUCGCGUGCUCCGCAACAUGCAGGACCAAAGCACCUCCUCCGACGGCAACACACUCCUCAGCGAGAUUGGCUACAACUACAACAACUAUUGAGAGCUCCAUACAUAUAUUGAAUCUCGCAUUAUGUAGUAACAUAACAUAGCCACAUAUGUCAAAAUAACCAGACUCAGUAAACAUCAAAUAUUUAAUGUACAAAUUA